GAACCAAACUGAAGGCCCUAAAGUCCUGCCUGGUGUGUCUGGUCUCCUACUGUGAGACUCACCUGGAGCCUCAUCUGACCAUGUCAGGUCUGAAAAGACAUCAGCUGAUCGACCGUGUGGAGAACCUGGAAGGCAGGAUGUGUACGAAGCACGAUAAACCUCUGGAGCUGUUCUGUAAGACCGACCAGACAUGUGUCUGCAUUCUCUGCCCUUAUUCAGAUCACAAGAUGCAUGAUCUUGUUCCUUUGACAGAAGGAUAUGAAGGAAAGAAGGUAGAGCUGGGGAAGACAGAGGCUGAAAUUCAGCAGAUGAUCCAGAAGAGACGACUGAAGAUUCAGAAGGUCAAACACUCAGUCAACCUCAGUGAGGAAGAUGCAGACAGAGAGAUAGCAGAAGGUGUUCAGGUCUUCACUUCUCUGAAGGAGUCUGCUGAGAGAAGCCAGGCCAGUCUCAUCAAAACAAUAGAAGAGAAGCAGAAAAUAACAAAAAGAAAGGCUGACGCUUCCGUCAAAGAGCUGGAACAAGAAAUCUCCGAGCUGAAAAAGAGAAGAACAGAGGUGGAGCAGGUGUUACGCUCUGAAGACUUCCUCCAUCUUCUCCAGAGUGUCCAGUCACUAAACACCAACCAUCCUCCACCCACCAAGGACUGGACAGAGGUCAGCGUCCGUCCAUCAUCAUAUGAGGGGACUGUGGUGAAAGCUGUGGUUCAGCUGGAGGAGACACUCAGUGAAGAGAUGAAGAAGCUGCUUGAAGCCGAGCUGAAGAGGGUCCAGCAGUAUGCAGUGGAUGUGACUCUUGAUCCUGAUACAGCAUAUCCUGAUCUCAUCCUGUCUGAUGAUGGGAAACAAGUGAAUAAUGGUGAUGUGAGGAAGAAUCUCCCAGACAACCCAGAGAGAUUUUCUAAGUGUGCUUGUGUUUUAGGAGAACAGAGUUUCUCUUCAGGCAGAUUUUACUUUGAGGUUCAAGUUAAAGGAAAGACUGACUGGGAUUUAGGAGUGGCCAGAGAGUCGAUCAACAGGAAGGGAAGCAUCACACUGAGUCCUCAGACAGGUUACUGGAUAAUAUGGUUGAGAAAUGGAAAUGAGUACAAAGCUCUAGCUGUCCCUCCAGUCCUUCUCUCUCUGAAGUCUCCUCCUCAGAAGGUGGGGGUGUUUGUGGAUUAUGAGGAGGUUCUGGUCUCCUUUUAUGACGUAGAUACUGCAGCUCUUAUCUACUCCUUUACUGGCUGCUCCUUCACUGAGAAACCCUUCCCAUACUUUAAUCCUGGUCUAAAUGAUGGUGGUAAAAACUCUGCCCCUCUGAUCAUCUCUCCUGUCAGAGUAAACUAAUCACUGAUCUCAUUUCAGGUAUUGAUUUAUUUUCAAUAAAGGGAACAAAUGUACAUAUUCAUAUAUUUUACAUCUUAUUUUCUACAGAAUCUGUUUCCUGUGGUGACUAAUUUACACUUUAUUCCAUUUAUUAUCAUAUGGUUAAAUGUGCAGCAAUUCUUUGCAAAUUGAAUCAAACUUCAUCUUGACAUAUUUGGUGUCUUUAGAAACUGAUUUCUUCUGGAAGUUAUAAUAAAUGUCUGUGGUUUUAACAGAGGUUUAAAUAGAUAUCC